AUGUCCCCUGAUGCAUUCAAAAUUCCCAACGGCGCUUCAACUCCCAUUGACGCGCCCAAGACCACUGAAGUGGCUACAGACGUGUUCAGCGACUUGUAUAGCUUGGUGAAUUUUUCUCCCAACAGUUCGCCCCCCAAAUGGGCCGCUCCUGCUGCAGUCGCUAUGCCUUCCACCAUAGACCCCGCUUUACUCUCCCUCGACACUUAUCCCCCUCCUGAUAUCCCAGCCAACGAUGUUCCCGUCACUGAAACGACUGGGCGUGACGUGGACGUCGACUUCCACUCGAUUCUGACUUUCCACAACACCCUACAAGCUGUUGUCCAUGCACUGGACCGUUUCCUUGCUGAACAAGUUGUGUCCGAGAAGGUCCUUGGAAAAUGGAAGAGGGGGGACUAG